AUGCAAUACCCACAACUCUGUCGCCUCCACCACGAGGAUGCACUCUGCCUUUUUGGCAAGCCCAGCAAGCGACAAAGGUAUGGACCCCUCUCGACAGGGGGGGGGAUAGAGGAGCCACCCAAAGACACUCUCGGCGGCUUCGUAGGCGGCAGCAACACCAUCUCCAGCCGGGACCUGGACGUGACGGACGAGGGCGAGUGCGGUCAUGGGGUGCAUAGGCAAGGUACCGGUGAUGACGCGGCGAUGGCUGCAUGGGAGGCACACCGCCGGCGACUGCAGGAGUCUCAUGAUAGGCGGCGGAGGGCCUUGGGAAAUCCUUUGGCACGCCCAGCCCUCACAGCUCCGCGCGGGCCUCGCCUGGCCCAAAGGCAGGAACAAAGACGGAGAGCUCGGGCGGAAGUGCAGCAAUGGAGUCCAGCGGGGACCCAGCCCUCGAGGCAGGAGGGGGGGCAGCAGAACUGGCUGUUGGGGGAGGCCCAGAAGCCACAAGCAAGGGAGCAGCAAGUGCGGCCGGCGGGACGGCAGCAGGAGCUGCCGGCGAGAGGGGAGCAGCACCUGCUGGCGAGAGGGGAGCAGGAGCUGCCGGCGAGAGGGGAGCAGGAGCUGCCGGCGAGAGGGCAGCAAGAGCCGCAGGCAAGAGGGCGGCAGGCGCGGUCGGCAGGCGAGCAGCAGGUACUGCCGAAGGGAGAGCAGCAGGAGCGGCCGGCGGGAGGGCAGCUGGAGCUGAUGGCGGGGGGGGCAGCAGGAGCUGCAGGCAGGAGGGCAGCGGGAGGUGCCAGCGGGAGGGCAGCAGGAGGUGCCAGCGGGAGGGCAGCAGGAGGUGCCAGCGGGAGGGCAGCAGGAGGCGCCAGCAAGAGGGCAGCAAGAGGUGCCGGCGAGAGGGCAGCAGGAGGUGCCGGCGAGAGGGCAGCAGGAGGUGCCGGCGAGAGGGCAGCAGGAGCUGUCGGCUGGGGGGCAGCAAAUGGAGGGCAGCAGGAGCCGCCCGGGGGAGAGCAGCGUGAGCUGCCAAGGGAAGAGCAACAGGAGCUGCCGGCAAGGGAGCAGCAAGCAAGGGAGCAGCAAGCAAGGGAUCAGCAAGCGGUAGAAGUGGAGAUGGCCGAGCUACAGCCAGAGUCACAGCAGGACCAAUUGGGAAACCAGGCCUGGCCACAGGCAGGAGGGCAGCAGGGGCCGCCCGGGGGAGAGCAGCUUGAGCUGCCAAGGGAAGAGCAGCAGAAGCCGCCGGGGGUGGGGCAGCUGCCGGCAAGGGAGCAGCAAGCGGUGGAUGUGGAGAUGGCCGAGCUACUGCCAGAGGUGCAGCAGGACCAAUCAGGGAACCAGGUCCGGCUGCAGGCAGGAGGGCAGCAGGAGCUGCCGGGGGAGGAGCGGCAGGAGCUGCCAACAGGAGGGCAGCUGGGGCUGUCGGGGGGAGGGCAGCAGGAGCUGUCGGAGGGGGAGCGGCGGGAGCUGCCGGCGCGGGGGCAGCUGGAGGUCGCUAGUGCGGACUCUACAAGCCAAGCGAAGAGAACCCGGGCACGGGGCCGAGGCGGGAGACGACACACCCGUAAGACGCAAGGCCGAACUGGAAGCGGAGCUGCCGCCCAGCAGGCGGAGGGGCAGCCGGGGGCGACCGAGACACCCCCGGGAGCUCCGCGGGUGGGGGGGCAGCCCUGGGUGCCCGGGGCGCCCCAAGGAGAGCAGCAGCCAGGGGGGCAGCCGGGGGUGCCCGGGGCACCCCAGGGAGUGCAGCAGGCAGGGGGGCAGCCGUGGGUGCCCGGGGCACCCCAGGGAGUGCUGCAGGCAGGGGGGCAGCCGAGGGUGCCCGGAGCACCCCAGGGAGUGCAGCAGGCAGGGGGGCAGCCGGGGGUGCCCGGGGCACCCCAGGGAGUGCAGCAGGCAGGGGGGCAGCCGGGGGUGCCCGGGGCUCCCCAGGGAGUGCAGCAGGCAGGAGGGCAGCUGAGAGUGCCCGGGGCACCCCAGGGAGCGCAGCAGGCAGGAGGGCAGCCGAGGGUGCCCAGGGCACCCCAGGGAGUGCAGCAGGCAGGAGGGCAGCCGAGGUUGCCCGGGGCACCCCAGGGAGUGCAGCAGGCAGGAGGGCAGCAGGGGGUGCCCGGGGCACCCCAUGGAGUGCAGCAGGCAGGAGGGCAGCCGAGGGUACCCGGAGCACCCCAGGGAGGGCAGCAGGCAGGGGGGCAGCCGAGGGUGCCCGGGGCACCCCAGGGAGUGCAGCAGGCAGGGGGGCAGCCGGGGGUGCCCGGGGCUCCCCAGAGAGUGCAGCAGGCAGGAGGGCAGCUGAGGGUGCCCGGGGCACCCCAGGGAGCGCAGCAGGCAGGAGGGCAGCCGAGGGUGCCCAGGGCACCCCAGGGAGUACAGCAGGCAGGAGGGCAGCCGAGGGUGCCCGGGGCACCCCAGGGAGUGCAGCAGGCAGGAGGGCAGCAGGGGGUGCCCGGGGCACCCCAGGGAGUGCAGCAGGCAGGAGGGCAGCCGAGGGUACCCGGAGCACCCCAGGGAGUGCAGCAGGCAGGAGGGCAGCCGAGGGUGCCCGGGGCACCCCAGGGAGUGCAGCAGGCAGGGGGGCAGCUGGGGGUGCCCGGGGCACCCCAGGGAGGAGUGCAGCAGGCAGGGGGGCAGCCGGGGGUGCCCGGGGCACCCCAGGGAGUGCAGCAGGCAGGGGGGCAGCCGGGGGUGCUCGGGGCACCCCAGGGAGUGCAGCAGGCAGGAGGGCAGCCGAGGGUGCCUGGGGCACCCCAGGGAGUGCAGCAGGCAGGAGGGCAGCCGAGGGUGCCCGGGGCACCCCAGGGUGUGCAGCAGGCAGGAGGGCAGCCGGGGGUGCCCAGGGCACCCCAGCGAGUGCAGCAGGCAGGGGGGCAACCGGGGGUGCCCGGGGCACCCCAGGGGGUGCAGCAGGCAGGGGGGCAGCCGGGGGUGCCCGGAGCACCCCAGGGAGUGCAGCAGGCAGGAGGGCAGCCGAGGGUGCCCGGGGCACCCCAGGGAGUGCAGCGGGCAGGUGGGGAGCCAGGGGUGCCCGGAGCACCCCAGGGAGUGCAGCAGGCAGGAGGGCAGCCGGGGGUGCCCGGGGCAUCCCAGGGAGUGCAGCAGGCAGGAGGGCAGCCGAGGGUGCCCGGGGCACCCCAGGGAGUGCAGCAGGCAGGAGGGCAGCUGAGGGUGCCCGGGGCACCCCAGGGAGUGCAGCAGGUAGGAGGGCAACCGAGGAUGCCUGGAGCACCCCAGGGAGAGCAGCAGGCUGGGGGGCAGCCGGGGGUGACCGGAGCACCCCAGGGGGAGCAGCAGCUAGGGGGGCAGCCGGGGGUGACCCGAGCACCCCAGGGCGAGCAGCAGGCAGGGGAGCAGCCGGGGGUGACCGGAGCACCCCAGGGAGUGCAGCUGGGAGGAGGGCAGCCGAUGGUGCCUGGGGAACCCCAGGGAGUGCAGCAGGCAGGAGGGCAGCCGAGGGUGCCCAGAGCACCCCAGGGAGAGCAGCAGGCAGGGGGGCAGCCGGGGGUGACCGGGGCACCCCAGGGAGCGCAGCAGCCAGGGGGGCAGCCGAGGGUGCCCUGGGCACCCCAAGGAGCGCAGCAAGCAGGGGGGAGAUCGAUGGACGACCAGGAGCAACAGUUGGAGGAGUGGUGUCGACUUCUGGAGCUUGAUACCCCCAUGGCAACUACGGAGGAGUCAGAGGCGGACGAAGAACCUCCCAUGCCGCCUUCCCCAUGCCCCCGCUUCCCGUGCGACACGUGUUUCCACACUUUCGCUACGCGGGGGGCCGCUGCGAACCACCUGAGGGUAUGCCGAGCGGCUGAGGCGGAGAGGCGUGCACAGGCUCUCGGCUCGAUUCCGUCUCUGGUGGAGACCGACACGCAGGAGCGAUCGACGCCGCGGGAAUUUGGGGACGAGGCGUGGGCUGGGGUUAUGUCAUGGGAAUGGGAAACAUUUUUCAGUGUGGAGGCGGUUAGAGGGAGGACAGUUCGCCGGAUCCCACAGCGGGCCAGGUCGGGGGUCUUAGACGCGCUCUGUUGCAUCCUUAAGCGCUUGAAGAGUCAGCCGGGAGAUGAAGCCGCUACCCUCCUACUCUUGGCGUUUCCGCGCCUCAUCCUAGCCAUGCCUCCCAAGCCAGGCAUAGGUCAGAAGGCGCUGAUCACAGAGCGGUUGGGUGCUUUCUGGGAGGGGAGGUGGCGGGAGCUGUUCGACUUUGCCAUGGCGGCAGCGCGGCCAGCAGUUCGCCCACUUUCCUACACUCGCUCUGACCAUGACCCGGAUGCCAUUCGCCUGUCACGGUGCCGAUCUCGGUGCAAAGUGGGGGAGUGGAGCCGAGGAUUGGCCUGCCUUACAGCAGGGGAGUUGGCUCGACCGUCUGAGGUCAUGGUGCAGUCGCUGCGAGAGAAGCACCCGGCUAGCGCAGGCGAGGUACCACAGUGGGUCCGCAAUUUCACCAUCGAUACCGCUCAGCGGCCUUCACUCACGACCGACAUCCUGGCCAGAGCUAUCCAUACAGCCGCUCGAGCCUCAGCAGCAGGGCCAUCAGGGUGGGUCACAGAGCAUCUGCGCGACACCUUCCUCACUGAACCUACCUGCCUCUCCCACCUGUUGGAAGUGUUCAACCAAUGGGUGGCGGGACAGGUCCCCGAGCGGGCUCGGCCGUGGCUCGCCGCAUCCAACCUAGUCGGGCUUUCCAAGCCUAACGGCGACGUCCGGCCGGUGGCUAUCGGGGAGGUGCUUCCUCGUAUCCUUGCUCGAGCUCUCUGCAUCUCGCUCCGCCCUGCGAUGGUUUCCUACUUCCUGCAGUGCAACCAGCUGGGAGCGGGCACCAAGGUCGGGGCGGAAAUUCUCACUCAUUCUUUCCGGUCAGCGCUGGCCACUCACCCCGACUGGUGUGCGCUACAGAUAGACGUCGCAAACGCCUUCAAUUCGUUUCACCGUCAUGUGAUGUUCGAUGGGCUGCGGGAGUCGCCUUUCUCAGGGAUGAUCCCAUUCUUGCGUGUCUUUUAUGGGACACCUAGCGACCUGUACCUCCGAGCGGGCCCUUUCGUACAGAGCCUCGAGUCAGCACGGGGAUCGAGGCAAGGGGACCCGCUCGGCCCUUUUCUUUUCGCGUUCACGCAGCAGCAGGUGAUGGAGCCGGUUACUAGGGAGUUCAAGGACCUACUUUUCCUCAGCUAUGCAGACGAUACCUAUAUUUUGGGGCCAGCGGCUAGGAUUCUGGAGGCUUUUGGGGUGCUGCGGGAGCGGUUGGAGUGGGUAGGGCUGGAGGUGCAGGCGCACAAGUGCCGGUUUUGGGAGCGCGAGGGCAAGGAGGUGGAGCGGGCACUGCCAUUGGGGAUGCAGCAGGUGGAUGAGGGUCUUAUUUUGGUGGGCGUGCCUAUUGGAGAGGAGGUUUGGGAGAUGGCUUCACACCUCCUCGCCAUUGCAGUUUCAGCGCGGCCGAUGUACCUCGCCCGGACUAUGCCGCCGCGUCCGGAGGUGGUUGAGGCUUUUAGGGAUUGGGACAGCUGUUUAGAGGAUUGCUUUGAGCAGCUUUUCCCACCUGGCACUUGGGAGCAGGACCCCGACCGGUCUAGGCGCGCACGCAUGCAGCUGCAUCUCCCUGUGCGUCUCGGUGGGUUCGGGAUCCGGGCGGCGGCCUCUUUGAGCCCACUGUCCUAUGUUUGCGGGUGGGCGCAGGCCGCGCGGGACAUUGCACAGUUAGGGGUGGCGGGUGAGGAGGCGAUGUUUGCUGAGUACCUCACCACUUCGAUAGGGGCAGAGUUUCUUGACCCGUGGUUUGUCAAGGCUCUCGAGCAGCUGCCAGCGACUAUCCGCCACGAGAUACCGGGCUUACCUCUGUGUGUAGCGGCCCCUCCUGUUCGGCUUUUCCAGGCGCGUCAACGGCAGUUAGCUGUAGAGGAGCUCCACCCACUGCGCCGCUUGGCUCGUGACGAAGCUACCUUGGCCCGUUUCACAUCCCUUCAGGGCCCGGGGGCAGGUGCAUGGGUUUCGGCGGUUCCGGCUCACUCAGAUCUCACAUUCACUGCGGCUGAGUGGGGCAUUGCUGCUGCUAUACGGCUCGGCCUCCCAACUCAGCAGCUGCAGGUGGCGGGGAGGUGUGUUUGUGGCACAGCGUAUGUUGACCCAGCAGACCCGCACCAUGCCCUGAGAUGCAGGCACCAGCAUGGUCCUUCUCGGGUGCAUGAUGAGGUGAAGUUUGCGGUGGCGAAGAUCUCUAAGGCGUCGGGGGGGGUGGUGACAUUGGAGGAUAGUGUGGUGCUGCAAGGGAAGCGGGUUGAUGUGGCGGUGCGACGUCCAAUGGCUGGAGAGGCUCACGCCCUAGAGAUCAGCGUCGCGGACCCGCUAUCGCUGUCUCCAUCACUGCUGGGACAGUCCGGGCGUCAAAUAGGUGUGGCGGCAAGGGAAUGGGAGCGUCGCAAAACGAGUGAUUACGCGCCUCUGCUUGCACGCAACCGGGGCGUGCAGUUCACCCCUUUGAUAGUUGAGACGUGGGGGUGUCUCGGCGGCCGUUUUCAGCGGUGGCUUCGUCAGCAGGGGGAUGCGCACGUGGGGCUAGCUGUGUCGCGGGGGGCUUGUCGAGAGGACGACUCUGUGUUUUCGGCUUAUCUUUUAGGGUCACUGAAGGCGCUCAUCGGGGUGGCGUCACAACGUGCGCAAGCCCGUGUCAUCCUGCUUCGAGCGGCGUCUUCCAUGGGGGGGAUUAACGUAGAUUUGGCGGAUCGGGAGAGGGACGAUGUCGAUGUGGAAGGCGGGGCUCUCUGGGUGGAGGCCCCGUACAUGGUCGAUACGUUGAUGUGA